ACAAUAAGAAACCACAUAUAGAAAUAAAAUAUAAACUAAACGUCAUCAGCAUUACCCACAUCACAGUAGCAUCAUCACUUCUUCAUCCCUUGUUAUAGCGCUUGUGUAUUUGUUCUCCCAUACUUCUGCUGGUAAGGUACAAAUGGUACAGCAGCACAGGGUUGGUUGAAAAACACCCCCUUCCAAUGGAAAAUAACAAAAAAAAAAAAAACAGGACCAGGACAGACGACAACGAUUACAACUGAAUUUUUGCCAAAGAAGGAUAACGGAUACCGCAAAAGUGGUCGCGUGCUAGCUUGGCUGGUGUGUUUUUGUGUUCACCAAUCAAUUUAAAUCGUAUAAAAAAUAUAAUUAAAUAAUUAAUAAUAUUUUAAAGAAUUUUAAAUGUUUCAUUAAAGUGUUUGUUUAAUAAAUAAACAUUAAUUUAUAAGAACUUAUCGAGCAUUUGUAUGUAAAAAGAAGACGCAAGCAAACAUCCUUAUAUUCCCAAUUCCACCCUGUUUUGAGAAGUUAUUUAGAAAUCAAACAUGGAUCCCAAUAUGUCAUUUGGAUUUGGAAUACAUGGACAUGGCCACCCUCCACUUCCGCCAACACAGAACAUGUUAAGCGGCCAUCCGGGGCCUACAUCAAGUCCACCACAAAGUGUACCAGGUCGUAGAACUCCAUUAGGUGCUGUCGGCAUCGGAGGCUUUUACGCUCAAAGCAGUCUCACCUUGCCACAGCCAACACAAACCGAUGAAAAUAAGAUCAUUGGAAGCGGGAGGGAUAAAUCACCGGGGCCUUCAUCAAGUUCUGGUGGCAAGCAAAAGAACCGUCAAGGAAAAGUCGUAAGGCUGAACAUCAACGCCAGAGAACGAAGAAGAAUGCACGAUUUGAAUGAUGCCCUUGAUGAACUUCGGAGUGUCAUUCCUUAUGCCCAUUCGCCCUCAGUGCGAAAGUUAUCUAAAAUUGCAACUCUUCUACUUGCUAAGAACUACAUUCUUAUGCAGCAGAAUGCUUUAGAUGAGCUAAGGAGAUUACUAGCCUAUAUUCAGAGCACAACCGGUGCAGCUCCAUUAGAUUUGGGUUCGUUCCCAGCUGCAGCUAAGCUGCAACAACUUUUAGCUGGACCACAUCCAGAUCCUUCUAGUCCUAAUUAAAAGCUUGCAGAGAUAGUGUUGUAGUUGUCAAUGGCAAAAUUUCAUCAAAGCAAUAAAAGCUUAGAUAUUAACUAUUUAUUAAUUAAUAUACUUAAAACUUCAAUUUUAUUGUAUAAGAAAAAUAAAUCUAGUGCCAAAGAUAAAAAUACGGAUAAAUUACUUUUUAAACUUAUGCGACAGUCAAAUUAACAGUUUAUUAUUAUAAUUAAGUAAUUUUGCAUAAAUGUGAACAUCUAGUCAGAAUGUUACGUGAUAUUUAUAAGAA